AUGUCUGGGGCAAUAAAGGACCAUAAAGCCCUUCUGGAGGAGAAGUUUGAGUGUGUGACUGAGGGAAUCUCCAAGCAGGGAAACCCCACACUCCUCAAUGAGAUCUACACAGAGGUCUACAUCACAGAGGGGGGCAGUGGAGAAGUCAAUGAUGAACACGAGGUCAGACAGAUUGAGGCAGCAUCCAAGAGAUCAGUAAGAUAUGACAAACAAAUCACAUGUAAUGACAUUUUUAAACCCCUACCUGGAAAGGAAAAAAACAUCAGAACUGUUCUGACAAAGGGAGUGGCUGGCAUUGGGAAAACAAUUUCCGUACAGAAAUUCAUCCUGGACUGGACUGAAGGAAAAGCCAAUCAGGAUGUCCACUACAUAUUUCCUCUUCCUUUCCGAGAGCUUAACUUAGUGAAGGAGGAACACCUCAGUUUAGUGGGUCUGAUUGAACGAUUCUUUGGUGACAUCCAAGAUCUCAACAUUUUCACUGAUGACAAAUACAAAGUGCUGUUCAUUUUUGAUGGUUUUGAUGAGUGUCGGAUUCCUCUGAAUUUCAACUCCACAUCAAAGUGUUGUGAUAUAACAGAAGCAACACCACUGUCUGCUUUGCUGACAAAUCUCAUCAAGAAGAAUCUGCUUCCCGCUGCUCUCCUCUGGAUUACCUCCAGACCUGCAGCAGCCAGUCAGAUCCCUCCUGAGUGUGUGGACCAGGUGACAGAAGUACGGGGGUUCAAUGACCCCCAGAAGGAAGAGUACUUCAGGAAGAGAGUCCGUGAUGAGAACCUGGCUAGCAGAACCAUCGGCCACCUGAAGUCAUCCAGGAGCCUCUUCAUCAUGUGCCACAUUCCUGUCUUCUGCUGGAUUGCAGCCACUGUGCUAGAGAUAAUGUUGGGAGAAAGAAACACCAGAGAGAUCCCCAAGACUCUGACUCAAAUGUACACAUGGUUCCUGAUGAUUCAGACACAGAUUAAACAGAAGUACACAGAAAGAAAAGAGACGGAUGAAGGGAUGAUUUUCAAGUUGGGGAUGCUUGCUUUUCAUCAGCUGCAGAAGGGCAAUCUGAUCUUCUAUGAGAAGGAUCUGAGAGAGUGCGACAUUGAAGUCACAGAGGCAUCAGUGUACUCAGGAGUGUGUACCCAGAUCUUCAAAGAGGAGGCUGGGCUGUACCAGGGGAAGGUGUUCUGCUUUGUGCAUCUCAGCAUUCAGGAGCAUCUUGCUGCAUUAUAUGUGCACCUCACUCUCAUCAUCCAAAAGGAAAAUGUUCUAAAGCCAAUUAUCCCAAGGCCUGACACAUUCAAAUUCAAGCUUACUCAGAUUUUUGUGUCUGAUGCAAAUGAGGGUGAUGAAGUGUCUGUCUAUGAGCUGCACCAGAGAGCAGUAGAUCUGGCCUUAACGAGUGACAACGGGCACAUGGACCUUUUCCUCCGUUUCCUCCUGGGCCUCUCACUAGAGUCCAAUCAGAGUCUAUUGAGAGUUCUGCUGCCACAAGCAACCAUCCAAUCACAGAGCAGAGAUGAAACUGUCCAGUUAAUAAAGAAGAAGAUCAGAGAGAAUCCCUCCUCGGAGAAAUGCAUGAAUCUGUUCCACUGCCUCAAUGAGCUGAAUGACCAGUCCCUAUUGGAGGAAAUCCAAAGCUACCUAAAGACAACAGGAGGUCUAAAGGAAGUCAAACUCUCCCCCUCACAGUGGUCAGCUGUGGUUUUUGUGCUACUGACUUCAGAUCAGCAGCUGGAUGAGUUCGACCUGAAGAAAUAUGGCAAAUCAGAGGAAUGUUUGCUGGGACUGAUGCCUGUGGUCAAGGCCUCCAGAUCAGCAGAGCUGCGGGACUGUAAGCUGACAGGGAAAAGCUGUUCCUCUCUGGCUGCUGCCCUCAGCUCAGGCUCAAGUCUCAGAAAGCUGGACCUGAGGAACAAUCGUCUGCAUGACUCUGGAGUGGCACUUCUUGGUGUUGCAUUAGUAAAUCCACUCUGUCAACUGGAGACACUAGAGCUGUGGAACUGUAAGCUGACAGAGAGAAGCUGUUCCUCUUUGGCCUCAGCCAUCAGCUCAGGUUCAAGCCUCAGACAACUGAACCUGAGUGAGAAUAAUCUAACGGAUGCAGGAGUGACACUUCUUAGUGCUGCAUUAAAAGAUCCACUCUGUCAACUAGAGACACUUAAUCUGUGGGGCUGUAACCUGACAGGGAAAAGCUGUUCCUCUCUGGCUGCAGCCCUCAGCUCAGGCUCAAGUGUCAAACAGCUAGACCUGAGGGUCAAUGCUCUGCAGGACUCAGAUGUUGAGGGUCUCUCUGCUCUUCAGAGGAACCCAGAGUGUAAUCUACAGACACUAGAGUGA